AUGUCUCCAACCAUUGUCGUCAGCCGCUAUGUGGCAAUCAGUAAAGAUGCUAGACAAGUGGUUGUGAAUGGCCUGUCCAGGGCUGCCCAGUUCGCACAACAGCAGCCUGGCGUUACCAAAUACGCAAUCACCAUCCCCCGCGAUGAAUCCGACGACAGGUCAUGUUAUGUCAUCGAAGAGUACACUGAUCAAGCUGCAUACAACUCGCACUUCGGGUCAAAGGCCGUUGCCGACCUGACGAGUCUCCUAUCAGCCGGUGCCUUGUUGGAGAUCCCAGCCAGCGUGUCAGUUUUCAAGGCUACCUCCUCUUUCACUCGACCGGAAACAAGCAACAUCACCGACCCGUUCGUCUUGAUCGCCACAUUCGACUAUAAGGAAAACACCCGUGCUGGUGCUCUUGACGGCUGGCAAGAUUUGACCUCUGCCAUCUUCCCAACUGAUCCCGGAACAUUUGUAUACACCGUCGCUAAAGACCCUAUGAACGCAGAUCGAGUCGGGUCAGUGGCAGUUUACGAGAGCGAGAAAUAUUUCUGGGAUACCCAUGUCCCCAACCCAGCCAUCGGUGCCAAUAAGGCGAAAUAUGGCGAUAUUAGGACCAAGACGGAUUUGGCGUACUUCAAGAUCGUUGGGGGCUACCUGAUCAAUAACACAACGCACUCCAAGCUAUGA